UGAAUAUGGAACUAUGUUCAAUUGUCAAGUUAUUCUCUCGAAAACCUUAAUAUAAACCGCCGAAGCUUCAAAGCAAACUAAAACUAGACAGUUGCUCCACCAGUUACAAAAAUCACCCAAGACUAUGAACGAAACAACUUUCCCUCCUGCGAUUUCUGCAAGAUCUUCGCAAUUCAUUUUUCUCGCAGCGUUAAGCUGUAUUUCUGGAGUUUUAUCCAUUUGUGGAAACACAGUGGUCCUGAUCGCCAUAUUUCGCACCAAAUCUCUACAUACCAUCUCAAAUUAUUUUAUUGCAUCGUUGGCCGUUGCUGAUCUGAUGGUGGGAAUUCUCCUCAACCCCAUCUUGGCUGCGAAAGCCGUCAUUUUCAGCUAUCUGGAUCCCGAACGCCCUCUAAAAGGGUCUGUAUUCGACAAGGUGGAAGACUUUGCGUGGAUCCAAGCUGUUGUUGCGACAACUUUCGGCCUGACCGCCAUUAGCAUUGAUCGCUAUAUCGCUGUGAAAUUUGGGUUCAGAUACGAAACCCUAAUUACUCCUAAAUUCUGCCUCCUUGCAACAGCUUCUGUGUGGCUCGGCUCGUUCGUCUUUGCCAGCGUUCGGCUAUUUCUUGAUAAACCCCAAGAUUUAUCGACACUUUGGCUCAUUAUGGGAGUCAUAACAUGUAUUUUUCCGACUCUAAUCAUAACAUUUUGUUACAUGAGCAUUUUCAGGGAAGCGAAACAACAAAUUCGGAAAAUCAAACAAGAAAGCUCACUUGCAGCGAGACAAGAACAAACGCGUCGUAAUAACCCGGCUCGUGUUAGCCACACGAAAACUGCUUUUACAGUUGCCAUUGUGAUUCUACUUUUUAUAAUUCUGUGGGUUCCAAGUUUGGCCACCGCGGCCAUUCAGUUCAGCCUAUCAGGGUCAAACAAACCUAAAGAUCAAGUAACUUUGGUGAAAUUAGAGCGCGAAGUUUGGAUGUGGGUGUCCUUAGUGGCUUAUCUGAGUUCAGCAAGCAACCCUUGGGUCUACUCUAUUCGUUCCAGAGAAUUCAGAACUGCUUGUAAGAAAAUUUUCAAUUUCUUUGGGAGCCAUUCUAGAGUGGAACAUUUCUCUGUAACUGCAAGCGAGUUUACUGUUGGUUUAUGAAACUAGACAGUAUCUAAGUCGCCUCACCUACUGAAGACGUAAACGUUUGCAUGCUGGAAUUGAGAUUUAUUAGCUCUAAAUUUUAAAAAUGUAAGAAAAUUAACCCUUUCUAUGUUAUUUAUUUGCCCCACUGCAGAGGGAUAAAAAUAGAUCAAGACAUGAUAACGAGAAAAACGACUCACAUCCCACGUCGGGAAAACAAACAUGUCUUUUCUUUUCGUUCCAUUUUUCAAUAAGCAAAGUCAGGAUGCGUUCUAUAAUCGGUCUUAAUCCUCUCAAUCAUUUGUCUUACCGCUCCUUUGGGUAUCCUCUUUAUUCUUGGAUGGCUUAGCGUAAUCAUCG